AUGUCUGAUCCUGUACCCGUUCGUGUGGAGGUCAUCAACCAGGAAAAACCACUCGGACGAGGUGAAAGUUGUAAGGAGACAACUUGUGUCAUCUCUGAACCGAAACCAUCACUGAUUCAAACCCAUAUAUUAGCGAUAAUAUGGGAAGCCGAAACGAGCGACGCCAGGUAUCCUCGAGUUGCCAUCAAGGUCGUACGCACUUCGAAGUUUAUAGCGAACCCGUCGCUUCGCCGCGAGGCUUGUGCGCUCCUCAGGCUCAAAGGUCAUCCUGGAAUACCAGAGGUUUACGCCUUGGGCCGGUCGAAUUUUCACGAAUAUCUUGCCAUGCAGUUGCUAGGAGAGCAUAUUGAUCCAGGGAAGAUGGUCUUGACGCUAGGGGAACUAGCAGUCCUUGCCGGCCAGAUGUUGGAUAUAGUGAGGCACAUCCACUCCCGAGGCCUUAUUCACGGCGACAUUCAACCACAUAAUUUCUUCUUCGGACGCGACGACCACGCCAAACAACUAUAUUUGGGCGACUACGGGGACACGACAUGGCAUACCGAUCCAGAGACGAACAUGCCUAUCCCUUGGCAUACCUUGAGGAGUAUCAGGGGGACGACGAGCUACUGUAGCAUCAAAAUGCAUUAUCACAAUAGCCCAUCGCGCGCAGACGACAUGGAAUCACUGGGGUACAUUAUCGUUCACCUCCUCCGUGGUUCUCUUCCAUGGAAAUGGGAAAGGACGAUCAGAGCGGUGUGUACUUUGAAACAGCUUUGGUCAGGAAGUGAUCUCUGCGCCGGUUACCCCCCUGUAUUCGGCCAAUUUAUCGACUACGCUCGAACGCUGCAGUUCGAGGACGAGCCCGAUUACGCCUCAUGGAUUGAGCGUUUCCGAAACUUAUCCCAACUCGAACCGGAAAUCGCCAGUGCAACAAUCGGCACCUCGUUCAAGGAUAAUCCCAAUGCCUCGUCGAUCGUGAUACAAUCACCACCAGCCUCGGUGCCAGCGUGGUUCGUACCCUUCGACGACGAUAGAGACUACGUUCCGGAAGUGGCCUUCAACUUGCCAUUCGCCAGGACUCCCGAGUCGCGGGAUCAGAUUGGAAAUGAGAAGGAGACUGUUCGUCGACUUUUGGGAUGGAUUCAUGCGGUCGAGAUGGAGGAAGAAAUCUGUGACUAUGUCCCUGAGCAUAUGCUGAGUUGGGAAGAAGAGGACGAGGACGAAAAUAAGUUCGGGGGGAAAUACCUGAAAGAAAUAGACGAUUAG